AUGACGUCUCCGAAGCGACAGACUGGUGGACACGAUGUCCCGAUAGAGUAUAUUCGCACGCUUGACGCGAAACUGUUACCUCCACGUGUGGGACAUAAUUGGUUUGAUCCAGCUUUCCGCAAGGUGCAGGAUAAACCACAGCAGCUGGAGGCGGAAUUCCGAGGGAAGCGGGCGUUUACGUCCAAAGGAGUAUACGACCAUACACCACCAGAAGGCCUUGGUAAGACGGCACAUCAGCUUUUGCACGCCUUAUCAACAAGAAGGGCAGACACUAAAGAAGACCAGCGUGCAAACUACACAACACUUUCUGACAAGGUACUUCGCUUUUAUGCUUUCUUUACAGAGAAAGCACCAGAGGGCUGUCGUGAGGAAUAUUGGCACCGCCAAGUCAUUAUCUUCUUUUUCCCAGAGGAUGAUACUGUGCUAAUACAAGAGCCAUGUAUUCCAAACAGUGGACUCCGCGGAGGAACGUACCUUAAGCGGCAGCUGGUACGUACUGAUGCGCGACAGCGUGAACUAUUUCCUAAUGAGGAGUUUCUUUCCAUCAAUCACUUCAACGUAGGACAAUCUGUGCGGAUUAAUGCUGUUGAAUUUUUUCUUUACGACUGUGACCUAUUUACACGGGAGUUUCUCACUGCACUUGGUGUGCAUGUUGGUGAUCCUGUGCCGUGUCCAGAUUCUUCAUUUAUCUCUGAAUGGCAGAAGUUGCAAGAGCGGAUGGUUUCUGGAAAAUAUGGUAUUCUUUCACAAGAUUAUCAUGGUGACGAAGCAGUUCGUGCGGCACGUUUUGUGCAAGACAGUGGAAAGGUUCUUCGUUUUUAUGCCCUUCUUGAUGAACGAGAUAAGGUGGUGGGAGGCAUUGUGCGAAAACUAGAAGUACUCUACUUUGUGGAGGAUGACUCCAUCGCGGUGGUAGAGCGUCCCACAUCUAAUGAAUCUACUCCAUCACUCUUUCUCUCACGGGUGUGGCUACCUAAAGAUGGUGACAGCUCAAAGGCCAAUGAGCUAACGUUCGCACAUCGUGUGAACGGUAUGCGAGAACCAUACAUUGGGCCUGAUGGACACUAUACUGCACGAGAUCUUGGGGUUGGUGUGACUAUCAACAUAUAUGGUCGGCAGGUUUUUUUGUACGAUUGUGACCCCUACACAAGGUCGUACUACGCAGAGACUCUUGGAAUAAAACUGAAUGACGCUGUUGAAUGUCUUGCUGAAUACGGACUCAAGCCAGAGUCACAUGUUAUCGCAUUUCGGGCCAGUGCUACACCUGCCUCUACUACUGCAAAGACAGUGGGACAAACUGCGACUGUAACUUCUACCCUUACUACUGUUGAUAAUGGCGUUUCCACUUCAGAUAAGCGACCAACAGUAAAAACAAAAGAUGUACUUCGUUUCCUCCUUCGUUUGGCUAAACCUUCUUCUAUUGCUGAACGUUUGCGACGCUUUACCCUAACGUACUACACUGAUACAGAUGAUGCCAUGGUGUACGAAUCCCCUGUCAGAAAUUCUGGUUAUUUGGGUGGCUGUUUCUGUCGUCGACAACGCAUACCGAAGCCUUCAGGAGGCUCUGAUGUAUACUAUACCCUGGCUGACAUUGAAGUUGGUGGUUUUAUUGUGGUAAACGGACAUAAGUUUGAGAUUGUGAACAUGGAUGAGCAUACGGCAAAUUAUCUGGCAGGAAAGAAUGAACCUGUGAUGAAUAAGGAAAAUCUCCAGUUAUUAAUUGCGGCAUUCCACCUCUUUCUGGGUACACGUUUUCACUCGUUCAAAGAUGCUUUCCUUGGCUUUGAUAGAGAUAAAGAUGGUGUUAUAAGCGUUACUGAGUUCAUUGAUUACCUUCAGGAGUUACAGAUUACAGAGAGAAGAGUGGAUGGACAGGCACUGUUUGACGAUAUAGCGUCGUGCCCAGAGACAGGUUACUUGACAAUGGACGAUCUUGUGAAGUGGAUGUCACACAUGACGGAUAAGAAAAAUAAGCAAGAACGUGAAUGUAUUGACGUUGAAGAACGGGCAGUGUUCAGGAAAGCAUUGGGUCAGCUAUGUGAACGACUCGAAGCGCGAUGUCUAAACAGUGUACAAAUGUUCCGUCUCGCCUCAACAAUGCCACGUGCUUACACACAGGGACGGACGGAUAUUCAUUCUCUCUCAAAUCCACAUCGAGAUGCCUUUGUAACGCCUGUUCAGCUACGUCGCUGUAUUGAGGAAGUACUAGGUGGCAAUCCUGCACCACGUGAGAUGGACGUACUACUGGAGUUCUUUUUUCCCGAACUUCCAAAGGAGGAGUACCGCACCAUACGGGAUGUCGACCUAUCCUAUGCACUUGAUCUCAAGGCGUUUCAGAAGAAGUACAAUGAGAUGAUUGAGCUGCGUAUGCUACCCGAGCGGCGGCAAUAG